CAUGACAUCCCAUGGCUCAGAGGUGACGCGAUAGACACAUUCACUUAACCCUCGGAAGAGUCAGUCAUUUUUUUUUGUUUGUUUUUUGUAAACCUGGUGCGCUUGUUUUUCAUUCUUCCAAGCGACAAGGGUAACUGGUGCUGCUGUGUAGUGUGUGUAUCCGGAUUGCAUCCUCUGAGCUGGAGUGCUGCCCAGGUGGAACUACUUGGCCUGCACAGACUCAGAAAUUCAUCUCUCACUAUGUCUGAUGGGGAAUAUGAUUAUCUCAUCAAGUUCCUAGCCUUGGGCGACUCUGGUGUGGGAAAGACCAGUUUCCUCUACCAGUACACUGAUGGCAAGUUCAACUCCAAGUUCAUCACCACAGUGGGAAUUGACUUCAGAGAAAAACGAGUGACAUACAAUUCUCCUGGUCCUGAUGGCUCCUCAGGUCGAAGACAGAAGAUCCACAUGCAGCUGUGGGACACUGCAGGACAGGAGAGGUUUCGGAGUUUGACCACGGCUUUUUUUCGGGAUGCAAUGGGUUUCAUUCUCUUGUUUGACCUCACCAAUGAGCAAAGUUUUCUCAACGUCCGAAACUGGAUGAGCCAAUUACAGGUGCAUGCCUACUGUGAGAAUCCAGACGUGAUUCUAUGUGGCAACAAAUGUGACCUGGUCGAUCAGAGAGCUGUGAGUGAGGCAGAAGCCCGAGAGCUGGCAGAUAAGUAUGGGAUCCCUUACUUUGAGACAAGUGCGGCGAAUGGACAGAACGUCAGCCAGGCUGUCGACGUGCUGCUCGACCUCAUCAUGAAGAGGAUGGAACGAUGCGUGGACAAAUCAUGGAUUCCGGACGGCACCUUCAGAACAAAUGGCCACAACAACGCAGACUUGGCAGAGACCUCGGAAAGGAGCAAAUGUGCAUGUUAAGAGUGCGGCGGAGACGUUUACAUACACUGGGCCUGCAUAAAAUAGGACACAGUGGAAUCUGUUUCAGUUAAAACAUGCAAAUUAGCUCCCCUGUAAACCUACUGAUUGGUGAUACACUGUUUUUGAUAUACUGUGUAGUACUGUAUGUCACUUAUCUGCCUUUAAAGUAAAAGAUGGACACGUGUUACUUGGGGUGGUGGAUAGUUAUUUACCAUAAUGCUGAAAGGUCCAAUUGUGACAGUAAAACUAAACAUAUUUCCUCCUUCUUUAUGGUAAUCCAGCAAAGUAAGUUGCCAUACCACAUAGGCCAUAAAUAUGCAAUUUAAAUCCCCAUAAGUAUUUCCUGCUUAUAUAUUCCUCGGAAGGUUUGUUCUGCUAAAUUUCAUUGUAAUGCUGCAUCUAAGGUCUUAUUCAGACACUCAAGUAUUCAUUAGAUGGUCAAUUUAUAUUGAAUGUCAACGGUUGUGCCAAGUUUACUCCUCAACAUAUACACUUGUUUUUUUACGAAUGCAAUUUACACUUAGCUCAUUUUUGUUAAUAACUUCGGAGAUCUCUCAGACUUGGCUAGCCAUAUACAGUGGCAAUAAAAAAUAGGCUUGAUUAUUUUGCAUCAUUGCUGUCCAUGCUAAUAAGGAACAAUUCCGUCCUGUAAGUAAUACCGAAAUAUUGAGAAAUACUGUAUAUGUCAAAAGAACAUACAUUUCUUUCAAAUGUAAAUUUAAAACAAUAUAUGCAUUCGGUUUUUUAUAGAUUUUUUUUUGCAGACUCCUUAAAGAUCUUGUUCUUACUCCUCUUACUCUUUGAGAAACAAUGCAACACAUAUCUGCAUAGUUUACAUUUCAAAACUAAUCUCAUUUCAGAUGUAUUUAUAGAAAGUAUGUGUGUACUUAUGCUUAUUGUAUAUAACUUAUGAAUUAUAUUCACACUUGCAACUGUUUUAAAAAGAAAAAUCACUUAUUUUUCAAUGUUUUAAAGUAAGGACAUACAUGUUUGGUCUAAGAUUAUAUUGCCCCUCUGCUGAUUUAAAUAAAGAAAAUACAAACAGAA